AUGGACGGUCAAAGCGAGUUGCGUCGGCAUGCUUCGACUGACGACAAGACUGAUCAUGGCCCCUCGCCAAUCUCCAGCGACCAUCAGCGUCAGCCAUCUUCAUCCGGGGCCGGUUAUGAUGUCCCAGACGAGUUCGUGAACGUUGCCGAGGUAUCAAGCACUGGACCUGUGCAAAAUUGGGACGAGAGGCGAAUCUAUCGUCAUGAAUCUCUCGAAGAGUCGCGCAGCCGUGAUCAAGAGUACAUGCGAACCCAAGCGGCGCAACGUAGAUCAUCCACCAGGAGUGCUCGCGAGACGGUCCCGCAGAUUGACGAGGAGAAGCAGGAUACCAAACCCCAGGUUUCCAAGCUCGCCACUCAAAUAUAUACCAUUUCGUACCUCAUAUUAUUCUCAAUCUUCGGCACACUCGCCCGACUUGGGCUCCAGGCUAUAACUUUCUAUCCGGGAGCACCGGUGGCCUUCAGCUCAGUUUGGCCCAAUUUCGCUGGCAGUCUUGUCAUGGGAUUCCUUUCCGAGGACAGAAUGCUCUUCCGCCAUGAAUGGGGCACCGCAACCUAUGACCAGCAACUGGCAAAGGCGCAGAAUGAAGAUGGUGGUGAUGUCGAUCUAGUGGCGGCCAAAAAGGCGCAUUUGGCCACCAAAAAGACAAUCCCCAUGUAUGUCGGCUUGGCAACUGGUUUCUGCGGCUCCUUCACGUCAUUCUCAUCAUUUAUCAGAGAUGUAUUUUUAUCUCUUUCGAAUGAUCUGCCCAGCCCUGAUCUGGGCAAUACAACAAUUUCUCGCAAUGGAGGCUACUCUUUCGAGGCAUUAUUGGCAGUGAUUCUGACUACAGUCUCACUCUCUCUGACAGGGCUAUUUGUCGGUGCGCACUUGGCCAUUGCCUUGGAGAAGUUCACUCCAACAAUCCCUUUUGAGACAACGAGAAAGGUAGGCGACCGAAUCGCGGUGUUUCUAGCGUUCGGCUGCUGGGCUGGAGCCAUCAUACUGUCCGCCAUUCCACCGGACAGGUUCUCUCACGGCCUCGGGGCAGCAGAGACAUGGCGGGGGCGUGCGACGUUUGCACUAGUCUUUGCACCGUUGGGAUGUUUGGCCCGUUUCUAUGCGUCCAUGUAUCUGAAUGGAAAGAUUGCUUCGUUUCCACUGGGAACUUUUGCGGUAAACAUUGGUGGCACAGCCAUAUUAGCAAUGGCAUGGGACAUUGCUCACGUCCCAGAUGGCGGCGUGAUUGGGUGUCAAGUGCUUCAAGGCAUUGAGGACGGGUUCUGCGGGUGUUUGACAACUGUCUCUACUUGGGUGUCGGAACUAGCUGCUCUAAGGAGGAAACACUCGUAUUUUUACGGUACAACCAGUGUUGUUGUAGCAUUGGCUUGCAUGGUUGCCAUUAUGGGCGGACUCAGAUGGAGUCAAGGAUUUGCCGGCCUGGUGUGUCUGCACUGA